UCAGAAGCGCCGGCUUGUUUUCAAGAGCAGUUCUCGUGGUUUCUAGGCUCUUCUCAGCUGGCGUGACGUUUAGUCCCCCCACUAUCUUACCUAAUGCGCAACGAUACGCGUAUAAAGAGAACUGCGUGUUGUCGAUAGAUGAUUCACGUGCGAGCGACAUAACGGUUCGGCUGCACGAUCAGCUGAAAAUACAUCGACGAUUCAUACGUGUUACGUAAUAGUAACAAGAACAGAUAGACUAUUAUCUAGUAUAGUGGUUGGAGCAUAUAAACAGUAUUAUUCUAGAAGUGCGAUAAACGUUCCACGUACGCUAGUGACAAGUGAGAUUCUACCGCAGUGAGAUGUCGCUGAUACCAAUAUUAUUUUCCGAUUGGUGGGAAGAUUUGGAUCGGCCCCAUCGACUUUGGAACCAAUAUUUUGGCACAGGCAUAGAUCCGGACGAUAUCUUAUUGGACGGGGAGCUUUCAGAGACGUUAUUAUAUCGGCCUACGCCCCGACGCAAUAACAGACGUUAUCAUCCAUUUUGGCGGGCUUCUGCCAGAAAAGGACACGGCGCGUCCACCGUGAAACCGGACAAAAACAAGUUUGAAGUAACGUUAGAUGUAUCACAGUUCGUAGCGAACGAAGUUAACGUUAAAGUAGUGGACCAGAAUGUUAUCGUUGAAGCGAAGCACGAUGAGAAAGAGGACGAACAUGGCUGGGUAUCGAGGCGGUUUGUCAGAAAGUACAUUGUACCAUCGCAAUGCGACAUUGACCGGGUAGAAUCGCGUUUGUCGAAUGACGGGAUCCUGAGUAUCACGGUACCCAGGAAAGAGCCAUUGAAGCCCGAAUCGAGCGAGAAAAUUAUAAAGAUACAAUAUACUGGAAAACCCGCGCUGACAAAUUGCGAAGAGCAAGUCAAUGGCACACCAGAGUCGCAAAAGGAACAGACACAACGAGGACAACGAGAACAAACACACCAGCGGGGAAAGAAAAGGGGUUAAGAACGCAUCAAUUUCUCUGUCAUGAUCAUCUGUGUUUAUUUCAUUUUUUAUUGCAUACUCCAUUUUUUAUAAACAUGGUUAGCAUAGUUUAUAAUACUAAUGUAACACUUAAAUCAGACUGAUAUAAAAUGUGUAUAAAUGGCAUUAAAUAAAUUUUGCACUAUUUUUGUUGGAA